GAUUUUCUUAAUUUGAGGCUGUUGCAGUUAAUCUCAUCUUUUUCAUUGAUAUCGACUUACACAAAGUGAGAUCACCUCUUACACCUACAAGUAGUUACAGCAAACCUUUGAUGAAAAGCGUUUAUAAUUUGUUUUCACGCUCAAGUAUAUAUUGCGUCCGGGGUCUAUCUAAUAGCUUUCUUUAUGGAGAUGAAAUACUAGUUUCUAAUAAAGCCUUAGAGGUCAAAAAACAUAGAAAGCGUCAAGUUAACAUUAAUACUCAUUGUGCAGAAAAUGUGCCGGUUUGUAAUACAAAGAAAAAUUUUUAUCCUGAGUUAAAUGAAAAUGAUUUGAAAAUCAGAGAGGUAAUACUUCAAAGUAAGGUAUCACUAUCACAUGAUGGUUCUGGAAAAAAUGAAUCUUGUAAAUAUCCUACAAUUAUUCUAGAAGGAAGCAAACUAAUAUCAGAUGCACUUGCAACAGGGGCGAAAGCCACAUCUUUGUUCUUUUCUUCACAGGAUGCUCUGCAAAAAGUCGGUGAUUUAAGCAACGUAUUAAGUAUCUACUAUGUUAAUCAUCGAGUUAUGGAUAAAAUCUCGUCACUUCAAUCUCCUCCCGGAGUAAUAGCCCUUUUUGAAUUACCACAACAAGACUGCUUCAAGGAAAAAAAUGCGAAGUUUCACUUACCUGUUACUCUUAUACUUGACCGAAUUAAUGAUCCUGGAAAUAUGGGCAGUUUGAUCCGUUCUGGUGCAUGUUUUGGUUUGGAUUCUAUUUUGGUGACUAAAGGUAGUGUUGAUAUUUGGAAUACAAAAGUGAUACGGGCAGGAAUGUCUGGUCAUUUCCGCAUACCUGUCUAUCAAGGACUAAGCUGGACCGAUAUUAGUCGAUACUUUGGAAUACGUGAUGGUUCGUCCUCUCAUAUUAAAGUCUUUGUAGCCGACCCUGAACCACUCUUGACUGAUAAAUUAAUCGAAUCAGCAUGGAAAAAAGACCAAACUAACCAUCAGUCACAAUAUACUAAUGAGUGCAAAAUAUCAGUCGAGUGUGAAGCUAUUGAUUUUCUUACUCCUGAGUCAACAGAUUCCGCAUAUCGCUUACCUGUACAAACUAUCCCACAUUUUGCAGUAAACUAUAUUCCUUCCGAAUAUAACUCUGCGGAACAUGAUUGUCGUUUAGCUGUUGUUAUUGGAUCUGAAAUUCAUGGUGUUUCUCCGGAAGCUUUUCAUUUAGUUCAUCUUACCGGUGGUUCUCGACUUGUUAUCCCAUCUGCAGAUAGAAUAAACAGCUUGAAUGUUUUAUCAGCUGCUUCAGUUUUGCUAGGAGAAAUACAACGUCAAUUUUUGUGUUCUUAAUGGAAUGUAUUUUUUUACGAAUAAACAAAUUUUUAUCCAG